AUGGAUCUCGCGGAUCGUGUCGAAGCGGGCGAGCCCCCAACGCACGAAAACUGCGACGGAGACCACAAUAGCGAGUUCGACCCAAGAAUCACAAUCUCUUCUACGAGCAAGAUGGCAGGCCAGACGGUUGCCCCUUUCCUUGCGAAGCACAUUCCCGACCAGUACGCACCACUUCCCAAGGCUCAACCAGCUACGACUUCGCAGAAGGACCCCAACACCAAAUACUGCUAUCGACAUCGGCCAGACUCAAAAUGCCGCAGAACCGCUGAUGAGCCGACAAUGGAGAAUCUACAAAGGGACCUCCAAGCAUUGUCACAAGCAGAUCAACAAGGUAUAUCUCACGUUUGGGCUCUCUUCUCUGCAGCACCGGCAAAGCAGAGAAAUCUUAUGCUCCAAGGCAUCCUCACACAAUGUUGCUUUCCUCAACUAUCAUAUCUCUCCAACGCCGUCAAAGACCUUAUUCGUAUCGACUUUCUCGCUGCCCUCCCCUCCGAGGUAUCUUUCAAGAUUUUGUGCCAUCUCGAUACAACCUCGCUGUGUAAGGCGGCACAGGUCAGUCGGCGGUGGCGUUUGCUGGCGGAUGACGAUGUAGUUUGGCACAGGAUGUGUGAGCAGCAUAUCGACCGGAAGUGUACAAGCUGUGGUUGGGGAUUGCCACUUCUGGAGCGCAGACAAUUAAGGGACUGGAAGCGACAACAACAACUGCGAGGAGCCGGCCGAGGCCUCAAUGAGUGGUCACCUAAGCUGACUCCGGUUCCUGAUGAGAAGAUUGGCAAGGACUUAGUGACAUUGAAUCGUUCAUCCAAGAGGGAUGCCGAUUCCUUCACCUCUGACGGCCUAGUAGCUAAUUCUUCCGAAGCAAGCAAGCGACAAUGUACCUCAACAGAAGAUUCUUACUUCACAAAGCAAAAGUUUCGACCCUGGAAGGAUGUUUACAAGGAUCGAUUUAAAGUCGGCACAAAUUGGAAGUACGGCCGCUGCUCUAUGAAGAUUUUCAGGGGUCACACGAACGGCAUCGUUUGUUUACAAUUCGGCGACACUAUCCUAGCAACCGGGUCGUACGACACAACCAUCAAGAUCUGGGAUAUUGCUACCGAGAAGUGUAUUCGAACGUUACGCGGCCACACGUCUGGCGUUCGCUCCCUUCAAUUUGACGACACGAAAUUAAUCAGUGGAAGUCUGGAUAAGACUAUCAAAGUCUGGAAUUGGCGAACUGGCGAAUGCCUUUCCACAUUCCCAGGUCAUUCCGAAGGCGUUAUAGGUGUCCACUUUGAUGGAAAUAUUCUAGCAUCAGGAUCUAUCGACCGUACCGUCAAGAUAUGGAAUUUUAUCGACAAGUCAACCACCUCUCUCCGAGGCCACAAGGACUGGGUCAAUGAUGUCAAGGUUGAUUUCCAAUCUCGGACUGUAUUUUCGGCCUCUGAUGACUGUACUGUUCGUCUGUGGGAUCUAGAUACCAUGAAGACGAUCAGAAUAUUUGAAGGACAUGUUGGCCAAGUGCAGCAGGUCACCUUGCUCCCAGCAGAAUACGAACCUGAAGAUGCGGAAGCUGAAGAUACCGAUGAUGGAGCAAGCAGCACUUCAAGUUUUACCGACCUGGAUACACCUGAUGAGUUCUCAUCAUCGGUCUUCGAGUCUUGGGGGAAGAAUCGUCCUUUACCACCAAAAUAUAUCCUCACCGGAGCACUCGACUCUACCAUUCGCCUCUGGGAUGUUAUCUCUGGCCGAUGUCUAAAGACCUUCUUUGGACACGUCGAAGGUGUUUGGGCUUUAGCGGGCGAUACCUUAAGAGUGGUAUCCGGAGCUGAAGACCGCAUGGUCAAAGUCUGGGAUGCCAGGACCGGCAAGUGCGAGAAGACCUUUUCGGGUCACACAGGAGCUGUAUCUUGUAUCGGGCUCAGUGAUAGCAGGAUGUGUACCGGCAGUAUUGAUUGCGAGGCUCGGAUGUACAGCUUCAAGAACGAGAGCGAACUCGGAGAGCAGAUUGAAGGGGAGGGUUUCGCGGCGAGCACGCCGUUGUAA